CUUCUUAAUUUACCGCAUGAGUUUCAUAGAACGUUCCUUUAUGCAUGCACCAUGCAUAUAUAACAAUGAGUUCACCACCUUGAGGAGCACAUUGAAAACAAUCUGGUCUAUUAUUUGUAUCUGUGUUUGUUCAAUAACAAUGAGUUCACCACCUCAACGCAGGAACGAUUCUGAGAAAGAGCAUGAUAGCACAUGCAAUCAUUUGGGCUACACAAACAAAUGUCCUUCCCAAAAUGGUUCGCGCUCUAGCCCUUCCGAAAAUGGUAAAGUCAACGAAAUUAAGAGAAUACGAAAUGAAAAACAGGUUUAUUCACAGGGGGAACUUAUGUGCAUAUUGGAAGAAAUUUCACAAAAAAAUCUACUAUUGGUUAAAGAUUGAAUGUUUAUUUCCAACUUGUUUAGAUUAUUGUAGUGUUUAGGAAUAAGAUAUUGUAAAUUUGAAGAACUACAUGUUCAUUGUGAGUCAUAAAUAAGUCUAUAUGUUUAUUUGUAAGUAGGGUGUAUAAUUUGAAUUGACAAGUCUUUCUUCUUUUCUACAUAAAUUUGUAUUUGAUGAUUUAUUAGAAAAGUAGCAUAUUAUAAUCA